UUUCUAUUUUGUAGAAGACAAUGGCUGGAGUUGUAUUAGGAGUUUGAACUAUUUAUUCGGUUUGUUGAUCUUUAAAACUUGCAAUGAACAAUAGCAAUUCUGUACAAGACUGAAGAAAUUGACCGGAUGGUUCUGGAAAACUAGGAAAUGAUGUAGAAAAGAAUGGAGCCCAAGGAGAAACAAACAAAGAAACCCAGUUAGGGAGAAAGCUGGUCGAGUUUAUCAAAAGACAAAAUGAAGAAAAGAGGGAGUUUAAACUCUGAAGAGGAAUUCUCAAUCCCAGCUUAGACUGAUUCAUGAUUUCAUCUAUUCAGUGAUUCCUUCAGUUGUUUGAAUUUUGCAGAAAUUUUUAUAUGAACGGUGAUGAUGGAUGAGUUGGCAAAGACGAAGACAUUAAGUAUCCCUCUGAAAAUAUUUCAGAUAAGUGCAAAAUCUCCAAAGAACUCAAAAGGAUAAUAGAUUGCUAUUAUUUGGAAGACAAGAAGUUUAGUUUGGAGCAAUUUCGUCCUUUAUAUGAUAAAGAAUUCCCAAGAAGUAGCCAGCAUGAUGCAUUGCAAUUUAUACUCUCUUUAUUUGAGAAUAUUCAAAGCGAAAUUAAUGGAGACAAAGCUCAUUUCCCUUCAUCUGGAUACAAAGAUUGUAAAGAGGCUUGGGAACAAUACCAGAAAACUCAUACUUCGGCAAUUGAUAAGCUCUUUGUUGGCAUGUACGAAUCAAUCUUCAAAUGAGAGGAAUGAAGCAAGGAGGUUAAAGUUUAUGAAGAAUUCAAGACUAUUUCUCUUUAUUGUAACCAAAGCGAUCCAGAAGCUAGCUUCAAAGAGUUCCUUGAGCAUCCAGAAUCAACUGAAUUUAGUCAGAUGAUGUGUCAUGACUGCGAAAGCAUCCAAAAAUGCCAGAUAUCGAAGAAAAUUGUGAAGUAUCCGAAGUAUAUGAUAUUGGCUUUUCAAAGACUUGAUCCAAUAAUUCAGACAAAAAUAAAUGGCAGAAUGCAUUACGAAGAGGAAUUUACCAGACAAUGUCCCCUAGUUGAGAAAGAUCUAAAGUAUAAGAUUAAUAGUGUUAUCAUCCAUCGAGGAGAGAUUAAUUAUGGCCACUACACAGCCAUAUGCAAGAGAGGAAGCGAGUGGGUAUACUUUAACGAUAGUCACUUUAAAGAAGUAGCUGAAAUUAUCAACGAUGAUGCAUACAUUUUAUUCUAUGAGACAGAUGAUAUUGAUGUAAUGUAAACUUUCAAUUAUUCUG